AGCCCGACUCGUCCUCGGUGGCAACGUACGCCGCCCAGACCUUGACGCCACCUCCAGUGAAGCCACAGCCCUCCACUCACUCUCGGUCCGACCCACGCCUCAGAAAGAAUGGCGACCAAGGUAGUGGACCUUCGCUCGGACACGGUGACCAAGCCCUCGGAGGCCAUGCGCGCCGCCAUGGCCGCGGCGGACGUGGAGGACGACAUCCUGGGCUCGGACCCGACCGCGCGCCGCUUCGAGGCGGAGAUGGCCCGGAUCAUGGGCAAGGAGGCCGCGCUGUUCGUGCCGUCCGGCACCAUGGCCAACCUCAUAUCCGUCCUCGUGCACUGCGACACCAGGGGCAGCGAGGCCAUCCUCGGCGACAACUCCCACAUCCACGUCUACGAGCACGGCGGCAUCUCCACCCUCGGCGGCGUCCACCCCAGGAUCGUCGCCAACAACGCCGACGGCACCAUGGACAUCGAUAAGAUCGUUGCCGCCAUCAGGAGUCGGGAUGGGUCGCUGUAUUAUCCCACCACCCGGCUCAUAUGCUUGGAGAACACACAGGGAAAUUGCGGAGGAAAGUGUCUGUCUGUAGAAUACACCGAUAAGGUUGGUGAAGUUGCUAAAACCCAUGGCCUGAAGCUUCAUAUCGACGGAGCUCGUAUUUUCAAUGCCUCCGCAGCACUUGGGGUUCCUGUUGAUAGACUUGUGAGAGCUGCUGAUUCGGUUUCGGUAGGCCUAGCGAAAGGGGUAGGUGCUCCUGUUGGAUCAGUUAUUGUUGGUUCCAAGGCCUUCAUACACAAGGCUACAAUUCUUAGGAAGACACUAGGUGGUGGAAUAAGGCAGGUAGGAAUACUUUGUGCUGCUGCUGAAGUUGCAGUGCGCGACACUGUAGGCAAGCUUGCGGAUGAUCAUAGGAAGGCUAAAGUCUUAGCAGAUGGACUGAAGAAAAUUGAACAGUUUACAGUUGAUUUAGCUUCAGUGGAGACCAAUUUGGUCUUCUUUGAUAUGGCGGAUGCACGCAUAUCACCUGCCAAACUGUGUCAAGUCCUCGAACAGCGCAAUGUGCUUGCAACGCCAAUAGGCUCCAAGAGUGUCAGACUUGCGGUACACUACCAAAUUUCAGAUGCUGACGUCCAGUAUACUUUGGCAUGUAUCGAGGAAGCCGUGGAGGAAAUACUGACAGUCUGACAGGCGAUGCAUCUGACGAACGGCGCUACCACGAAUUCAUAAGGGCGCUAGUAUCCAGCUUGUUUGUGAUCGCGGCCAGCUUUGGUAGUAGUAACAACUUCCAAGAAUAAUCUAUUGCCUUCUUAUGCAUGCGAUGUGCGUGUGAUUAUGUUCUUCUUCAGCUCGGAGCUUGCAACUAGGUAUAGUAUACUGAAAAUAAUUGCUUGCACCAUUCAUUAUGCCCUUUAUCGUCUCCACCAGUAUUGUUUAUUUUCGAAGUGGAGGCAAAAGCUUUGUGUUGAGUAUACGAUUAUUAGGAAGUAUAGGCAAGACUAGGAUUUAGUCCUGCCUUGUCUUGUACUCCAUAUUGGUCAUUGUACUCCUAUAUACUUAUAUGCCUACGAGGCUCAAGCAAUACAAUCAACAA